GUGUCCGGAUGGUGGUGGUUAUGGUGGGGGGGUAGUUGGUUCCUUCGUGCCUAUACUGCUCCCUAUCUCUCCUUUCUCUCCCUAUGGGAGGGCGAGGAGAGCCCCCGUAGCCGCGCACUGCGCACCGAGUUCAUCAUAGACAGAGCGAUCUUCCUGACAGCUCCUCGUCGGUCUUGAACAGAGGUGGAAUCGUCCAGAUUCUGUCCAUCUCUCCGGUUCUGCGGUAGCGUGUUAACGAACAGAAAAGAGGGAAGGAUAACGGGGAUAACGAAAGUGCGCGAUCUUCUCGCGUUCCUAGAUCGGACGGUUACUCUCGAUCAUCAUAUACGUCCCGAUCAUACACUGUGCUCCCUGACAGUCACGAAAUUUUUUAUCAUCUCCUCGUUCAUAAUUUUUUUAACAAUCUCAGUCGAUUUUUAAUCGAAUCCUGUCUUCGACUUCGGCGGCAAAUUUUUCACAAACGUGAUCGAAUACGUUGACACCUUCGCUUCUAGAGUCCCUCGAAGCGGAUCAAAUCUCUCUUCCCUUCCUUUCUCCGUUCUUUCACAUUUUUCUCUUCCGCAAUCUUCAAAGCCUCGCCUGGUUCUGUCGUCAUCGUUCACACUGUGUGUGACGAUCGCGGGAAGUUUGCUAUUCGACUGUUUGCACGAGCGGAGCGAAAGAUAGGCGCGGUUGCGAGGGAGAGAGAGGCAGAGGAAACUGCGGUGGAAGAGGAAGAAGCGGUUGAGGAGAAAGAGGAAGAGGACCUGUAGCUAAGAGGCGAGGAAGGGGGAAGAUUGUGAUGGUCCGUAUGUGGGAGGAGUAGGAGGAUCCGAAGGGCGACUUUUCUUUUAUUUGAGCUUGACACUUCGCCGCGAGCGCACACACACCGGAAGUGCCGAGUGAGACGUCAAGUUCUCUCUCUUUCCACCUUCAUCGAGAGAUUGAAAGAAAGCGAUAGAAGCGUAUUAGAACGUAUUAGGACAGAGGGUGAAAGGACGACAAGAUGUCACUGGAUCUUCGGAUAGAUUUUGCCGAGAAAGAUGCCGUAAUCCGCGACUUUGCAGUACAAAUCGGAUAAAGAAGAUCAUUGCAAGAUAAACGCGAGCUAUGCUGAAAUCUUCCUCCAGCGCCGAAGAGAAUGCCAAAGACGAGAAGAGAGAGGGAGCCGGUGCAACAAAGUGAUAGUGACCUCAUCGUAUACCUCGACGAAGUUUGGAGUACGCUAAGGUUCUCCAUAUUUCGUUCGGAGAAUAUCGACAGUAUUUCCCUUCCAAAGAUAAGUAUAUCUAACAAUAUUGAGCGAAAUUGCUCGACAUCUCUCGACCGUCAAAUACUGUUCUCUCGUCGAUAAACGCAACGGGUAUCCUUAACGAGAGAACGUACGUGUAAGUGGUGCAUCAAAGGAUAACGAAGCGUCAUUACCAGACAAACGAGUCACAAGAAGGAAGGUUUCGAGAACGUCGUCAACGAAACGUCAUCGAGCAAGCAUGCCGACGCAAUAAGCUGCCACGAGAGUCGAGAUCGAGACACAUACCCUCGAUGAAUUGCUCGAUCGCCGCGGAAUAUUAUUGUCUCGGGGUAGUUUUCGAAACGAACCCUCGGAGCAGCGAAACUGGGAGUUCUCGAAUCGCACGGAACGUCAAAGGAGAAGCGCCGGUGCCCGGGGCGAGGUGGAGUCCUCGACGCGUGCCAGGCUGCUGAUCACAGGCACCGCAGCGAAAAGAGUAGGAGAGGGACCGGAGAAUACAGGCAAAGAAAGAGAAAGGCAUACGAAGGGAGAAAGAGAAAGAGAGAGCAAAGAAGGGAGAAAGAAAGAGAGAGGGAGAGAAAGAACGAGAGCAACUUCAGCAUCGUCUCGAACGAGGGGUCCUUCCAUUUGGGUGCUAGGGGUGUGCAGCCCUGGACGAAGGGUCGCACUCAACUCUUUUAAAGUGGGCAAGCCGCGCAAAGAAGAGGAAACGUCCUCGAGGCGAUGACAGAAUGCCUCCGUCUCGUACAGGACGCGCAUACGAAAGACCGCCGUCCAGGAUCGCCACGAAAAUCGGUCCCGCUGUUGCUCUAUUGUUGAUUCUCUUCGAACAUCGUCGCGCAGUUAGCCUAAUGAGCAAUUCCGUGGAUGAUUGGGAGAGAAGCCGCAGCAACGUCGUCUGCAGCGGCAUCCCGGGAUUGACGAAGGAGCAACGCGAGCUUUGCUAUAAAAAUCCCGAUGUUACCGUAGCUGCGACGGAGGGGCUGCAAAUGGCCAUAUCUGAGUGUCAGUAUCAGUUCAUGUGGCAUAGGUGGAAUUGCUCGUCCCUCACACCUAGCAGCAGAAUUCAACAGAACAGCGUCCUUCUUCAACGAGGUUACAGAGAGACGGCGUUUGCGUACGCGAUCUUGGCCGCUGGUGUGGCUCACAAUGUGGCUCGCACCUGCAGCAUGGGUCGCCUAGUUUCCUGCAAUUGCGAUCCUUCGAGCUACAAGGGUAAAACGCCGGUGGAUGCCAAAGACGUUCAAUGGAAGUGGGGUGGCUGCUCUCACAAUCUCGACUACGGCCUAGAGUUCUCGAGACAGUUCCUAGACACGCGGGAGAAAGUCGGCGACAUACAGUCUACGGUGAAUCUACACAAUAAUCAAGCCGGUCGUUUGGUAGUAGCGAGCAACAUGCAGAUACGCUGCAAGUGCCACGGCAUGUCCGGCUCGUGCGAACUGAAGACCUGCUGGAAGGUCACGCCGGACUUCCGGAUAGUCGGCAAGAUCUUGAAAGAACGUUUCCGGAACGCCGUGUUGGUGACGCAGAGCAAUCUGGGCAGCGUGACCCCGUCGGUCAGAAUUCGAGGAUCGCGUCGGAGGCGGCCGGAUCGGCCGAGACAGAGGAAGCAUCGCGACGGCCGCAGGAGGAAGCCCCGGGAUCUCGCGAAACAGCUCUUUUACUAUCAGAAAUCGCCCAACUUUUGCGAACGGGACCCGACGACCGACAUCGCGGGCACCGCAGGUCGCAAGUGCAACAAGACCAGCACCGCCGGUGACGGAUGCGCCAAUUUGUGCUGCGGCAGAGGCUACAACGUGGUACGACAGCGACGAACGGAGCUCUGCCAUUGCAAAUUUCGCUGGUGCUGCAUGGUAAAGUGUCAAAAUUGCACGGUGGAGGAAUGGAUCACGGUUUGCAAGUAAGACGUAUAGAGGAAAAGGCGAAAGUCAAAGACUGAUACGGAUUUUCUUCCUCGUUGCGUCGACGAUAAAAUCGAUAAAAAGUAUCAUGAUAAUACGUCUCCCACGGUUCGAACGAUAAGAGAAGAAAUUAGCUCCGGGGAUUCAUCGUCCGAAGACGCGCGCGAGUUAUUCGCCUCGCAAGAAUCAAUCGAGGGACGUAAGUCGAGAGGAUUAAUAAUAUGAUUCUUAUUGAAAUCGGGAUUACCAGGCACAAAUUUCUCCUGGGCAAUCACAAUGUAGGAGCAGAUCUCCCUGCUACCUUCAAAUCUCUGCGAACGUAUUAGAAAGGUAAUCAUCUUUCUUUGUUAGUAAAAUUAAAUCUGAUUUCUGCAGGAAACGGAAAAUCCUUAAACGAGAUAGUAAUUCGAUCUUCUACUUCAUUCGACGUCAUUUAAAAUUACUCAGUCUUUAUUAAAAAAUGGCACAUUGAUCGCACUUUUGAGAACUUCGUUUUAAUUCUCAUUGCGAAAAUAGAGAAUGACGUAGAUUUUGCAUGUUAUCAAAGAAUCUAAACUCAAUUUCACACAAGUGUUUUUUAAUGUAACAGAAAACUGACUGAUAAAAAUCGUACUCUAUUCCACGCCAUUACGGAAAUUAUCCUUUAAUAUACUGAUUGUCUGCGAAUUGUAAUUAACAAUAAGCGUAUCGAAGAAGCGUUAAUUAAUCGCAGAGAUCGAAUCGCAUUAGAAGGGAAUUUGUGUAAGUAAUAUAUAUACUGUGUAAUGUGACACAGAUAAUAUAAAAUAAUUCGUAGAUUAAACAACCCCCUCCUCCCUAUAAUUUAUUUAUAAUGACGCUCUAUUUAAUUGAUAUUUAAUUUUAACUUCUACAUGAAUUGUAACACCUCCAGCACAGUAUUAUUAGACGAGAUGCAUGUUCGAUGAACAUAAUUGUACACAACUUAACAAUGCGCGCGUACAAUAAAAAGAGUUCCUUCAAAUUACAUCUCCCUCUCGUAUUCAUUA